AUGGACCUGGCACAGUCGAACCAAUCGAAGAAGAAGCAAGAAUUGGACGAUUACAAGAAUCUCUUGAACGAAAUCGAGUCGUGGAUAGUAUCUGUGAGGACCAUAUUGGAAACUUCGAAACAAACGAGUACCGAAUCUCAAAUUCAAGAAUUCAUAAUCGAAAUUGAAACUCUCCACAGGGAACUUCUUGAAAAGGAGCGAAAACUGGUGGAACUAUCCAAAAUCUGUAAGGAAUUCCAGAAGUACGCCGAUCUCAAACAAAUAUCGCUAGCUUUGUGCACUCAGCUGGAAUCCAUACUCACAGUGUUCACCGAACAGAAAACUCUAGUCGAGUAUAAAAUAGAAGAAUUCAGAAGGCAUCUCGAGGAAGUCCGAGAAAGGAGAAAAAGCGUCCUUUCUACCCCAGACACCUCCCUGGAAAACACCCUCAAUUCGAUAUCUAUGCCCAUCGAAGAAGUUUCGAUCCAUUCCGCCGCUCAGUCUAUUUCAGAACCCCUGGUACCCAAGACACAAAUUGCUGCUGUGACGAUUGAGACCCAAACUGGAAAUAGCUUGAAGUCUCCAACGAAAGAGCCUUCUAAAAAAGAUUUCACAGUAACCUACAACGAACCAGUUGACGCCCAAAUCCAGGCCCAACUAUCGAAAGAAUCAGUUGAAUGGGAAGGCGACACCAAGCAGAAGGAAACCAUAACAAUUUCGAAAUUUACCACCAGUGGAGGUGAAGAAACGAUUCAAAUUGAUACCAAACCUAUGGCUUCCCAGGAACCGCAACCUCUAAUUCAAGAGCCUGACGAUGAUCUUCUGGUGGAAGCCAGCUAUAAGAAGCAGGCAGAAACAGAUGCAAAAUCUUUGGAACUGAACAUUACGAAUACGAAACCGAACCAACCGUUCGAAACCGUUAUGGUAGAGCCUGACGAGACCACAACGGAGGUUAUAGUAGACGCCGAUGGUUCGAAGAGAAUUAUAGUGAAAAAAUUACACAGAACUGUAGUGAGGCACCAACAGACCGUACAACAACAGAACCUCACAUCUUUGAGCACUCUAACACAAGAUAAUGUGCCAAUCACUCAGUCGUUCUCUCAAGUCACACUGCAAGGACAGCAGAGCAGCACAACAGUGGCCAGAGGGGAUGGUAGAAGGGAAAUUUUGACCAACAGACAGUACGGUGGUAACAUAAUAUCUGGUACAACUGGAGGAGAUAUUAAUGUCCAAGAGUUCAGUACAGAUCCAGAAACACACUACACUGUUAUCGAAGCUGAGAAUCCGAAAGAAGUAGAAAUCCAAGGAGUAAAACUUCACGAAGGUGACGUGGCAUUCGUUGAUGAAGCCAACAAACUCCUUUCAGCUGAUCAAGGCCAUGUUGCUUUCGAAACUAGUCGGAUACAAACAUCAAGUUCUAGCGUUAGGGCAGUGGUGCAGCAGGUAACCAGAAAAGUCAUAAGGAAAACUCGAAGAAUUAUACGAAAAAUAGUUAUCGUUGAUGGUAAGGAACAAAUCACGGAAGAAGUGGUAGAAGAACCUGAGGAAGUUGAAAUAACUGAAGAGGGAAUUCCAAGAGUCAGUAUCAAUGUCACUGAAACUGUUGAUGGUACAGUGGUCUCAGAAAGUCAGUAUGGUCAGCCGAUACAUACUCAAACUGAAGCUGGUAAUGUAGAGGUGAAACAAUCGGUAACUUCAGAACCAAUAAUCACAACAACUUCUGAGGAUUACCAGCAUAUCCAGCAACCGGUUGAAAAAACUCUGAUCAGACAAGAAGCUGUAUCCAUAGAACCCAUAGACACCAUUAAAACCAUGUUACCAACUGAUCAAGAAGAUCUGAUCGUGCAGGAAGAUUUCAAAACGGUUGUAACUUCACCAUCGGAGAAACAAUUUGCCACAACUUCGAGUGUAACGCUUGUAGAAAAAUCAUCGCCAAUUCUUGAAAUAACUGAUCAAUAUUCACGAGAUGCCGAAAUAACUGAACACUCUCCCUUACGCGAAAUUCCUCAGACGGAACCCCUUCCAGUUGAAGAAAAUUCAGUAUCACCAGAUAAAGAAAAUCUUCAUAAUGUCCAGGAUACAGGACCUAUCAUUUCAGAGGUUGUAGCCGAAGAAACUGAUGAUUCGGUAGAGAGGUAUGUUGAAAAUCAAUCACCUCUGCCUCUGCCCGCACAGCAUGUUACAACUCAGACAAGUUUCGAAGUUCAUAAAGAAACUUUAACGUCAUGCACGCCUGUACCUGAGAAAGUAGAACUUGAACCAUCUGCACCUGCUGUUGAGAAUAUUUCUAUUGAGCCACCUAGCGUUGAUCUAGUUAGUAGCAAAGAACAACUUGUAACCGAAGAUUUCAAUGCUCCAGAAAUGCAUCAGGACCAUCCUAUUGAGGAUGAUAAACCUUCAAGCUUUUCUCCAAUUGAGCCAGAACAUCAGCACUUAAAAUCACCCCAAUCAACACUUCUUGAAGAUAACCGCAAGACAUCAUCAGAGAAUUUUAUUUCUGCAGAAAUAAUUCAUCACGAAAUGACAUCAAAACACGAAAAUGACACUCCAUCCUCUGAAAAAUCAGCCACCCAAGAGAUCACACCAAUCAAAACACCACAAAUAACGGAAUCUCAAGAAGUUCCCUCGCAAUCUACUUCUAAUUUGAUUUCUGAAGAGCGAAAAACUACAAUCAUACAUCAAGAGUCUCCUGAAAAACCAAAGAAUGAUGGCUCACUUGAUCAAAUCGAACACAAACAAAUGCCCGCAGCCUCAUUACCAAAAACACAAAGAGGUGUGGAGAUAACAGUUUCCCUGGAAGAAAAACCGAUGGAUUGGAAGUUUGAAUCAGCCAAAAUUUCUAGCAAAAUAUCUGUUGAUAGUAAAUGCGAGCUUCCAGAAGAAAAACUACAGCGCGAAAGUGACUUCUCCUUGCCUUCGAUAACCAAAAAAGUUUUCCAGACCUUACCUGCCUCCAGACAUGAAGAAGUACCUUCUGUUGUCGAGCCCUCCCAGCAUGAGACAUCGAUCACAUCGAGUGAAAUAGACCAUGGAGGGAGAAAAAGUAAGCGAAAAAAGAAAUCUAAAACACCAGAAAAGGAAUUUGAAUCUCCAGACAAAAAAGAUGACAAAGCACUUACCGAAGAAAUGUUCGAAACAGAGGGAGUAUCCCUGGAAACAACACUCUCCGAAUCAACGGAUAUAAUUAUUCCUUCUGAUUCCCAGGAAUGCAAUGAAGAAAGUCCAAAACCUACCUUCGAAACGUUGGACCCGGUAACUGAGUCAGACCAAGAAGAAAGAAGCAAGGAUACCGGUUACGAAGCUGACAAGACUACUGUGGAUGAAAGCUUGAUGGAGGAUAAUGACCAAGAAAAGAAAAAACGUCGAAAGAAGAAGAAAAAACAGAAGGUUAAGGUUAAGGAUACGGACGAAUCGCAUGUGCCAAUAUCAAUUUCUGAUUCUGUCGAAGGAGGGGAAUCUGUUGUGUUCAGCGAUGAUGAUAAGGAAGUCAAAGUUGUGGAGGAAGAAGAAAAGGACCUGAAGAAAAAGAAGAGGAGGAAAGUAAAGAAAGAAGAACGAAGAGAAUCUGAAAGUGAACCAGUUUCAGAGCCAAUGGUAGAAAAAGCUAUAGACGACAGCGAAGUUCUUUCUGAACCCAUAACGCAGAAGGCCAUAGAUGAAGAACUGGAUUCUGUAAACGACUCAUAUCAAACUAUUUCCACGGCUUCUGAAGUGGGUACUGUGAAAGUAAUCGAAGAGAGUGUAAUAGCACCUAGCAACGAAAAAACUGAAGGUAUUACUUCUGAAAUCGUAACUAAGAUCCCAGUAAUCGAAACAGUGCUCUUGCAAGAGGAAAAUUCACAAACCUCACCAGAGCUGAUCUCAGAGAUCGCAACAAUUGUCGAAACCAUGCCGGCAUCAAUGCAAACUUCCCCAGAAAUACAAAUCGAAACUGCAGAAUUCUCCAUUCAAACGGACGAAGCAUCGAAGCAAGACAAACCGAUUGUUGUUGAGUCUUCUAGUCAGGUAGAAUUAUCCAUUGCUGACAUGGACAUGCAAACAUCUCCUCGAGAGGUAACGCCAGAUUCGAAGGAGAAAGAAAUCCUAGAUAAUUCCAUGCAAACUACAACGCCAGAAAGAAUUGAAAUUCAAGAGGAAUUUGCACAAACUGAAGAAUCGAUCUCACCAAAAUGGAAAUCAGUUGAAAGAUCCGAUACAUCUAUGCAAACUUUCCAAACUGUGGAGCAAAGAGAAAGUCAAACUAGUCCCAUUAAAUUGACCAGAGUAGAAACGGUCGAGGUUGAAACCCAAGCACGUCAAACACCAGAAGAACAUUAUGUUCAAACAUCACCACUUCCGUCAGCACCACCAAUGGAAGAUGUCUGCGUUGAAACAGAGAAAGAAUCUUUCACUCCAUCAGAAGCGAAUGAAAAGGAAAGAGAAGAACCCACAAGCAUAAUGAAACUGAAGAGUGAAAGUAUCGAUGUUGAGACUCAGGCAAACCAAUCGUUAGACGUCCAUUAUGUCCAAACAUCUCCUGUUCCAUCAAUCCUAACUGAAGACAUUGGUGUUGAAACAGACAAAGAAACAUCUCCUUCACUACCGACCAAACAAGAACCAGAAGCACCUCAACAAACGAAAGAAGACAGGCAAAUGCAAACCAGUCCAACAGAGCCUUCUAGGAGGAACACUUCAGAGGUAGAAACUCAGGCUCAUCAGUCCUUAGACAUUUGUUCAACACAAACACCAUCAGUAGAAACAGAUGAUAAAGGUGUUGGAACCGAAAAAGAGCUGCAUCGUGUGAGUCUUGUGAAGAUGUGUGCUGUGGAAACUACCGAAACAGCAUCCCAAGUUAAGCCAAUACCUGCAGAUCAGUCAUCGCAAACUUCUUCCUUACCUUCCUCCUCCUCAAAUGAGGUGCUGCCUGAAAGAAAAAUAGAAACACUCGAAUCAAUCACUCAAACUUCACCUACCCCACAGGAAAUAGUUCAACUAACCCCUCCUAGCAGUCCAUCAGAGUACGAAGUGUUAGUACAAGCAUCAAUCAGUAUACCAACUGACGUUAAAGAAAAUGCUCAACCAGUUUUCGUGAAUGUUGAUGCAGAAAUACCACAUGAUACUAGAAAAAUUCAGAAGAAAGAAGGAGAUUUUCCAGAAAAUAUAGAAGUGCAGGUAUCUCUAGACGAUGUAGUUCUCAAAAAGCACUCAGCAGUAUCAGAUUUUAUUGAGAACGAAAAGUUAGAUGCCCAAAACCAAGAAGUUGAACCACCAAUGGAGGGUAUGGUUGUAUCUUCGAUAGUGACUGACUUGAACGAAGAAAAAGUAGAAGAAUUGAGGAACAAAUCAUUCGCUCCACGAUCAGAUAAUACAGAAAUCCACAUCAAACUUUCUUUGGAACAAGAACAAUCAGGAUCGUCACUUUUAGAUGAAAAACCUGAUUCCUCGGAUACCUUCAAAGUUGAAUCCGUUAUCACCGAAACAACACAUAAAGUUGUUUCAGACGGCACUUCCGAGAUUAGUGAAAUCACUGAAAUUCCAGAAACACAUAAAGUUGUCGAAGAAGAUACUUCAGAGACUAGUGAAAUCACCGAAACUCCAACUACAGAAACUGAAUCCACUCAAGAAACUGUGAAAACAGUUAUUCUUAUUGGAAGUUCAGAACAGAAGAAUGCUUCAUUAGAACCUGUUGUUCAGAAAACAAAGAUAUCUUCACCAAAAACUAAGACGAAGAACAAGCAUGUCACCUCUGUCACAAUCGAAGAGGUACAAUCUCCACAUAUUGUUGUCGAUACACCUUUAACGCCAUCAGAAGAUUUUCCAAUAUCACCGCCAGUAUACCCAUCAACCCAUUGGUCCCACACCGAACCAACGUUUUCCAAGAAAAAAUCUGAAGCUCUGAUUAACAGCGAGAAACAGGAAUCUAUUGUGGUUCAGAACGUGGGCGUUACAUGGUCUAACACACAAACUUUGGAACGUAUUAAGAAUUUGCAGAAUGCACAGAGAACCACCCAUCUCAGUGACGUUCUAUAUCUAGCAACUCUCAGCGAAGUCAUAACAGAAGAAUCCAUCGAACAAAGAAGCAGUAAUGUCGAGAAGCAGUUGAAGUUGCUCCAAGAAGCUGUUGAGAGAAGGGACGUUCAAAUAAUCCAACAAACCAUCAUAACCACCGUCGAGACUAUAACAACUUGGUUAGAAACUAUCGAAUACAGAAUCUAUGUAAGCAGAGAGCAGACCUCCGAUGGUCCAUCUGAAGCACGCGUAGAGGAGUUCAACACCUUGAAGGACGAAAUCGUUGAAAUCGAAGAUAAGAUAGGGCAGCUUCAAACUGAAUUAGACAAAACUGAUGAUAUAUACAACGAAGAUGAUAAGAACAGAAUGAAGAGUUAUAUCGAUUCCCUUCAACAGCAGGUGAAAAUAAUCGAAGAUGUGACAGAGGAAAAUGGUCAACUUGCAGCUGGGGAUCUUCGAAGAUGGAACGAAUUUGUUGCCGAAUUGAAUGCUGUGAAUCAAAUGAUUAUCGAGAAUCAGGAAACGCUGAAUGAUUUGAAAGAUUCAGAUGCCGCUCCCCAAACGAAGCUGAACGAAUUAGACGCACUGGAUAGUAUGAAUAAAAUACACACAGUCAAGUCUGUUCAGCUUUUGGCUACAGCGAAAGGGCUGUUGAGGGAUUUCCCCACAAGAGAAAUACCGAAUGAAGUACACAGAAAUCAACAGCUGGUCAAGCAGAUCGAGCAGCAGAUCCUUACCGAACGUGAGAAAGCCUACCAAUUUUUAACAUUGGCAGACGAAUACGAACAAACGCUGAAAGAGUUCAGUAAGAUCGUUGAUAUAGCUGAGGCUAUCGUUGAUAGUUCCCUCACUGUGAAAAGCCUGGAGCACCUCGAGAACGAAAUGCAAAACCAUCGCAAGUUCUUCGUGAAUCUCAGUCAUUGCAGAGCUAUUCUAGAAUCGCUAGAAGAAAAUUUGGAUUCGGAAACUAAAGCGAAGCACUCCGAAUUACACACGAGCCUUUACGAAAGAGCCACGAUAAUAUUGGACAGGGCAACUGGCAGAUUCCAGCUGAUGUUCUCUGCUGCUUCUAAAUGGGCCACGUUGGAGCAAGGAAUGAAGGAGGAAAUGACAUGGUUGCAGGUUUUGCAAGAGCGUAUUCCAUAUAUCAACAACAUCACUUCCUUGGACUACAGGAUUUACAUGAACCACUACCUAUCGCUCAGUCAAGAUAUUGCCGAUCAUCACGCUGCUCUCUUGCACUUGAAAGACCUUGCUCUCAAAGUGCAAGAAUUAGUGGUGUGUUCUGGUUUGGAACAGGAGUACACCGAUGCUUUGGAAAUUAUCAAGAAGUUGGAGGAAGACGUUCACAUGAAUUUGCAACGUAUUGCAGCGUUCAGGGACAAUUGGAACCUCUACAAAGAGCAGAGCAAAGAACUCGAGAGGUGGCUCAAUAUUGCUGAUUCAAUGCUUGAGGUACUGGAGCGACCGGAGCCACAUAGAAGCCAUAUGAGGCAAUUCUGGGAGCUCAAAGCAGAAUGCGAGGUUAACAACAAGUUGUUACGAAACGUCACGAAUGCUUUCGAAACGUCCAUGACAGUGAUCCCUAUUGCCGACGAAAUGAGCCAGAGGAACAGCCAUUCAUUCCUCCUGGACAAGUGGAACAAUGUAUCCUCGAGGAUCUCUAACAUCGAGGAGCACAUCAUGAAAACCAUUUCCGCUCCUCAUGUACCUGUCAACAAAAAACUGGCCAUCAUCGAGGAAGAACUGGAAGACCUCAAAUCGGCCGUGGAACAACAACAGGGUGUGAUGAAGUGCGAAGAAGAGUUGAAUUUGUACAUAGAGCGCCUACAGAUCAGGUCCAUCAGGUUGGAUGCCCUACAGAACGAACUUGGUAAACUAGGUCUUCUUUCCGCCAACGAAUCGGACAAAGUUACCGAAUUACUAGCUUUGUCGAAGAGGUUAGAACUGCAGAUCGCCGAAGAGCUUGAGGGUGCUUCUGUGCUCAAAGAUUCCCUGCGAGCUAUCCAGAAGGGAAUCGACAGACUGAACAGAAAAUUCCAUGAGAUGGACGAAGUUUUGAACCACGCCGAAGAAGCGGAGAAAUUAGGAAGCGCUGAGGUUCAGAAGGCUGUGAAUGACUGUCAUAAGGUGGACCAGAACCUGGUGGCCCUCUGGCAGGACGUCAUGUCCUUACGUCAACUCCUUCACACGUUACCUAUGAGAUUGAAAGCAACGGUAUCGCCGGUUACGGUGGAGAGAGAAAUCUCUAACAUACAAGAGAGGUACACUUCGUUGGAAAGAAGAUGUGGGCAGUUGUUGGCCUUGCUUAGGGGUAGGCUGAACUUGUGGCAACGCUUCGAGAGACAAUUGGAGAUGGUCCAAGAGAGCGUGCAAGAGGCAGAUUUCAUGAUGGAUGUUCUGACCAUCCAGGGAACUGUGGAUUACGAUAGGUUGAGGAAGGCGACAGAGCGUUUAGAGAGUGUUUCGAGCAACCUUGUCAGCCGUGAGAACCUGGUGGAAGACCUGAAGGAAUCCGCCAAACCAUUGUCCGCGUCCUGCACACCGGAGGUUUCGGAGAAGCAACCUCAAGAACCUCUGCACCAAAUACAACCACGCUGCCGACCUUUGGAAGCAGUACAAGGAGUCCAGCGACCUGGUGCACGAAUGGGUUGA